AUGAACCUAACUGCGCUCAAAGCUUUCGUGGGCUUGCUCUGGAAUUGCUGGGCUCUGGCAGGUCAUGCACAGGGAGGUUUAGGAGACAAUCAUGUCCAUUCAAGUUUUAUUUACAGGAGGCUGCGGAACCAUGAGAGAAGGGAGAUCCAGAGAGAGAUUCUCUCUAUCCUGGGUUUACCUCACAGACCCAGACCAUUUUCACCUGGAAAGCAGGCUUCUUCUGCACCCCUCUUCAUGCUGGACCUGUAUAAUGCCAUGACAAAUGAAGAGGAUACUGAGGAGCUGGAAUAUUCACUAAAGGGAUCAGUGGCAGGGGAGAGCAGAGGGCUACGGAAAGGAUACCUUGCCUCUCCAAAUGGAUAUUCGCGGAGAAUACAAUUAUCUCGCAUGACCCCACUGACCACACAGAAUCCUCCCUUAGCCAGUCUGCACGACACCAACUUUCUGAAUGAUGCUGACAUGGUCAUGAGCUUUGUCAAUUUAGUUGAAAGGGACAAGGACUUCUCUCACCAGCGAAGGCACUACAAAGAGUUUCGUUUUGACCUUACUCAGAUCCCACAUGGAGAGGCAGUGACAGCAGCCGAAUUCCGGAUAUACAAAGAUCGGAGCAACAGCCGCUUUGAGAAUGAAACCAUUCAGAUUAGCAUAUAUCAGAUCAUCAAGGAGUAUCCAAACAGGGAUGCAGACUUGUUCCUGUUAGACACAAGAAAGGCUCAAGCUUCUGAUGUGGGCUGGUUUGUGUUUGACAUUACUGUGACCAGCAAUCACUGGGUGAUUAAUCCACAGAACAAUCUGGGCUUGCAGCUCUGCGCUGAAACCGGGGACGGUCGAAGUAUCAAUGUUAAAUCUGCUGGCCUGAUUGGAAGACAUGGGCCUCAGUCAAAGCAACCUUUCAUGGUUGCGUUCUUCAAGGCAAGUGAAGUGCUUUUCCGUUCCGUCAGAGCAGCCAACAAUAAACGGAAAAAUCAGAACCGCAACAAAUCCAGUAGUCAUCAGGAGUCUUCUAGGAUGCCAGCUGUUGGGGAUGAUUAUAACACAAGUGAGCAAAAGCAAGCAUGUAAGAAACACGAACUUUAUGUGAGUUUCCGAGACUUAGGAUGGCAGGAUUGGAUCAUUGCACCUGAGGGUUACGCGGCAUUUUACUGUGAUGGAGAAUGUUCUUUCCCCCUCAAUGCCCACAUGAAUGCAACAAACCACGCCAUUGUUCAGACUCUGGUUCACUUGAUGUUCCCUGAUCAUGUACCAAAGCCAUGCUGUGCACCAACAAAACUGAAUGCAAUCUCUGUGCUCUACUUCGACGACAGCUCCAAUGUUAUUUUAAAAAAAUACCGGAAUAUGGUAGUGCGUUCAUGUGGCUGCCACUAG